GUGACAUUCAGAAUCCAGAAGCAAGCUGCAGAGUGAUACCUGCUGCCCUGCACCUGGCAUCAUGUCUUUCAACUGCUCCACAAGAAAUUGCUCUUCCAGGCCAGCUGGAGGACGCUACACUGUCCAGGUCCCAGUUGCUACAACUGCACCCCAAGAUGUUGAUUGCCUGGGUGGCAUCUAUUUGCCCAGUUCCUUCCAAACUGGCUCUUGGCUCCUGGACCACUGUCAGGAGACCAGCUGCCAGCCCACUGUUUGCGAGCCAACGUGUUACCAGAGAACUUCUUGUGUCUCCAACCCCGUCCAGGUAACUUGCUCCCGGCAAACAACCUGCUCGACUCCCUGCAGUCGGCCGCUCUCCUUUGUCUCCACUGGCUGCCAGUCUGUGGGAGGCAUUUCCAGUGUAUGCCAGCCUGGCGGUGGCAUCUCCACUGUUUACCAGCCUGUGGGAGGAGUCUCUACUGUCUGCCAGCCAACCUGUGGGGUCUCCAGGACGUACCAGCAGUCCUACGUGUCCAGCUGCCGAAGACCUUGCUAAGGUGUGGGAUCCAGCGAGACAGUCAAGACUCCGUCCCCUGCCAGCUGUGUUUCCAGGAUCUGCCAGCCUGCUGCCCGAAUCGCUUCAGCUCCAACCCCAUUCACCGCCUCAUCUCUGGCUGCCGGCCAGGACUAGCUGCCUUUGGCACUCUGAAAUUCUUCUGACUGGCACUAAGAUUACUUAAGGGUUGAUCCCUGGUGCUGUGUAUGCCUCUCAAUGUUUCCAGAGGCUGUGCCACCCACGGCCAGUCGCGAUGCUUUUGCCAUGUUUUGACCUUGCUGCUGUGUCUCCUGGCUUCUGCUUUUGCCUCUCAAAAAGGGAGCUUGUCUUGCUGUAUUCUUCCCAAUAAACCUGCAUUAGUUGGCAUUGCAAA